CGCCAUCUCGCGGUUCUCCCACCCUCCUAAACCAAAGUUGAUAGUCAAACCUUCUCUUAAAAGGUUUGUGUCUACUUUGACACGGGCUCCCUGACUAUUGUACUUCGUAGUCUGUGGUUCUAAUAGUAUUUUUCAGUUAAAACUAAAAAUGUACAACUAUAAACAGCAAUUGGCUGCACUUGUGAAUUCCGGUGGAUUCCAUAAGGAUCAGGCGGAAAAGUUUCGCUUAAUCUUAGAAAGUAUAUUGAACCAAGAUGAUAGUGAAGGACUCGUUGAGGGCUUAAAGGCUUUAAUUGAAACAAUUGUUCAUGAGAAUGUUUCACUUGUUAUUAGUCGCCAGAUUUUGUCUGAAAUAAGUUGUCAUGUUCCAAAGUUGACAGAUGACAUGGGAAAAUCUGUGUGCAGUUUUGCUCUAGGGAAAAUCCAGCCACGAGUGAUAUCUUUUGAAGAGCAAGUAGCAUCCAUUCGUCAGCAUUUGGCAGAUAUCUUUGAAAGAGAGCAAUGUUGGAAGGAAGCUGCUAAUGUCUUAGUUGGAAUACCCUUGGAAACUGGGCAAAAACAGUACUCCUUGGACUACAAACUGGAGACUUACUUGAAAAUAGCACGCCUCUACUUAGAAGAUGAUGACCCAGUGCAAGCUGAAUCAUUUAUCAAUCGGGCUUCUCUGCUACAGGCCGAGUCAAAAAAUGAACAGCUACAGGUUUAUUAUAAAGUUUGCUAUGCUCGAGUAUUGGAUUAUCGUCGUAAAUUCAUUGAAGCAGCCCAGCGCUACAAUGAGCUCUCUUACCGAAGCAUAAUCCAUGACGAUGAACGAAUGACGGCUUUAAGAAAUGCAUUAAUAUGUACAAUAUUAGCAUCGGCGGGACAACAGAGAAGCAGAAUGCUUGCAACUUUGUUUAAGGAUGAGCGUUGUCAACAGUUGCAAGCGUACUGCAUUCUGGAGAAAAUGUAUCUCGAUCGUAUUAUAAGGCGAAAAGAACUUGUUCAGCUCGAUUCACUCCUGCAACCUCAUCAGAAGGCUAAGACAGCGGAUGGUUCUUCAAUUCUCGAGCGUGCUGUUACAGAACAUAACCUUUUGGCUGCGAGUAAACUGUACAACAACAUUACUUUCAUGGAACUGGGAGCUUUGUUAGAAGUGGAUCCUCUUCGAGCUGAGAAAAUUGCAUCACAAAUGAUAACUGAAGGUCGAAUGAACGGUUCAAUUGAUCAGAUAGAUUCGAUCGUGCACUUCGAAAGUCGUGAUGUCUUACCGGCCUGGGAUCGUUCAAUUCAGUCACUGUGUUAUCAAGUGAAUAAUAUUAUAGAGAAGAUUGCUAGUGUAGCACCUGACUGGAUGGCCAAAGCAAUGGAUGAACAAAUGGUACAUUGAUAUUGUGUAGUAUGAAAAAGAAAUACAAUUUUUACAUGGGAA